CUACUACAGGUGCACUUCAAGGAGCCGUGAGGCAAGAACGAAGAGAUCUUCAACUGUUAGCAGUUCAACCAUCCUUCAAACAUCAGAUUGACGAUUAUACAGUGUGAGACAUCAUGCCUGCCGCCGUCGUUCCUGCGUUCCGCUUCGAGACCCUGAAAGUUCCCAGCAAGACGAAAAUCCGCGAUUUCGUCAAGAACAACAAGCUGGAGUUCGCCAAGGGGAAGGGCUUCUACCAGCUGACCAAACCCGAGACCAUCCAGCGCUACAAGGAAGUGGUGGCGCGUCGCAAGACGGACGGAGCCUUCGUCAGCGGAGACGCCGUCAGGAAAGUCCUCGGCAUUCCCGAGGACGACACCAACUUCUCCCUCAACAAGAAGAACAUCCCGGACUUCGACGUCUUCAUCCAGAGCACGUCUUACAACCGCGUCCUGGUGCCCGACACGGAGUUCCUGUACGAGGUGACGACCGCGGCGGGAAAGAGGAAGGCCGAGGCAGCCGACGUCAUGAUUUCGUGUAAGAAAACCAAGAAGGACGAGACCGUCCCUUCUCCGUGUGUCCCUCCACACUUCCCGCCAGGUGGCCCCAUGGAGAUCGUCUUCUCCUUCGACACCACGGGGUCGAUGGGCGGCUGUAUCGCCGAGGUCCGCAGAGAGGUCCAGGACAUCAUCCGCCGUCUGCACGCCGACAUCCCCGGCAUCCGCAUCGCCAUCUUCGCGCACGGGGACUACCAGGACGCCGGCAGCACCUACGUCACCAAGUGGGUGGACUUCACCACGGACGCCGACAAGCUGUGCGAGUUUGUGCGCACCGUGGAGAACACGUGCGGGUACGACGGCGACGAAUGCUACGAGCUUGUCCUGCGACAGGUCCGGACGGAGUUGUCCUGGACGCCGGGCACGCAGCGUUCCCUGGUGCUGAUCGGUGACGCCGACCCGCACGAGCCCAGCUACGGUCUCAACACCGACAACAUCGACUGGAGAGAGGAGACAGACAGGCUCUACAACGAGACCGGCGUGCACAUCUAUGCUGUACAGGCUGGCGGUUCGUCCCGUGACAUGGCCUUCUACAAGGACCUGGCCAACCGGACUCAGGGCUGCCACCUGAAGCUGGAGAACUUCUCCUGCAUCAUAGACUUCCUGAUGGCCAUCUGUUACCGCGAGCGUGGACCCGACCAACUCAUGGCCUAUGAGAAUGAGGUGCGUGCCCGGUACACGGCCCCCGGUGGGCCGGCCAUGAACAGGGAACUACACGGACUGUUCGACACACUGGCCGGCAGGGGAGGAGAUGAGGCUGAGACAGAUUCUCCACCCAGGUUGGUCCGGGCCUCCACACCGCUCCUGACCCCGCCCACCACCCCACCGCGUGCCAGCGGACACACCCCGUCCCCACCGCGCACCCCGACACGCAGGACCAGGCUCAGCCGCCAUGGCCGCAGGCGCUUCGGCAGGCGGUCACCCAGGAUCGCUGCCCGGCUACUGCGCAGGUCACGCCGGCUUGUAGCCAGACAGCUGUUCUUCACUUAGUAAACAUUAGAUGGUUAUGACUAACACUUCGCAGUGUUGCAGUGUUAGAACAAGUGUUGUAUCAUAAUACCUGCUCUUGAAUUCUACCUGUAUCUGUAUUCUGUAUUACAUGUACCUACUGCUCAUCUUUGUUCAUGUACAAUGUACUAUGCUAACUUCUACACUAUAUAUAGGUGUAUUCGCUUUUACAUAUUCUAUGUAUAUAUUUAUAUUGCAGCAGUGGCUGAUGUGAUAACUGCAGUAAAUAUUUUGUCUGUCAUUAAGUUUAAAGAGAUUAUAAGAAUUUUUGAAAAGGUGUAAAUAUCAAUGUACUACACAAUGUUGUGUAAAAUGUAGUAUUGUACAACUGCAGAAAUCAACUAUCAUUGUUAGGGGAUUUGUAAUUGUAACAGGGAACUCCUUAACUUUUGUGUGGUUAUCUUUAAGAAGAAAGGGUAAAAUAUUUGUAUGAAAAAGAGUGAACUUAGUCACAUCUGAAAUGAUGAGGUGAAAGUUGAUCAGGUGAA